UAUGAAACAAUAAAUAAAGUACAAUUAAAAUCACAAGUUGGCCAAAUAGAUUAAAAAAAAACAGAGUCCCAAGAGGUCAUCCAAAGGCAUGUUCAAAAAAGUAGAUCAGUGAAGUCACAGUGUUCACCACUCCUUGGUUUGCAAUAGCCUACUACUGCUAAUGUAUAACUAGUUAGUUACACUACUGCUACCUUGAUGCCUGUGAUCUCAGCAGGGGAACAGUAGCUCGGAUCCAGUGAUAGGACAAUAUCAACACAGAGCGGCUGUCCUCCUGAUGGGUCUGCCUAUCAUGUCUCCACCAUGUUGCGUUGCAGAGAUGAGCGGGUGUGCGCUGGAUGAGGAGAACUUCCGGCGCUGCUGUCGGCUCCUCCUGCAGCAGUCGGAGCAGCUGAGGGACGGCUGGAGCUGGGAAGCCGUGCAGGGCUCAGAGGAGGGCUACCUUAAGAAGACUGCUCUCAGAUCAGUCGUGGUCGACUCGAGCCCAGCGUGGGACCACGAAGGAUCGGCUUCAGACUCGGAGCCACACACUUCCUGUCGCUCCUGGCCUGAUCAGCAGGGACAGGAAGAGAAACAGGCUGGUAUUGUUCUUUCAGUUGAUGCCGACAGCAUCAAAGGUGCCAUAGAGGAUGAGGAAGAUGGUGAGGAAGAUGAAGAGUGUGCAGUAUGGGUGAAGACGAUGUCGCUGUCUGCACAGGCUGCAGUAUAGAUCCUUCAGUCCUGCUGCUACAGUACUCACUUGAUAUUUUUGCUGCAUCUUCUUCCUUAAUGUAUCACCAUGUCAGACGGGAGGAGCCUGUCAUUAGAGGAGGUGUGGAGCUCUGUUCAUCCAAACUUCAGGCUUCGACUUCAGAACAGUCCUCUGAAUACAAUCACUCUGCAGGAACAUCCCCUGCUGGGUCAGCCUUUCUUCAUGCUCCACCCCUGUAGAACGGAGGAGUUCAUGAGGCCCGUGCUGCAGGCGGCUCAGGACCAACACAGGUCAGUGAACUACGUGUUGUCGUGGCUGAGUGUUGUGGGUCCUGUGGUGGGUCUGGACGUCCCUCUGAAGUACGCCACCCAGCUCCAUCCUGCAGCGUCACUCAGCAGCACAGAGCCAGACUGAGGCUGCACCUGCUCUGCGUCAACGCUCUCUGUCAGCUUGUCUGUAGGGAGGCUGGAUUAUCAGCCCGGUAGUCUCGCAUUGCCAGACCUGCUGUAUCUCCACAGGUCUGUCGGGUAAGGUCUGGCUACACUACAGAUACGUUCUGGGAUAGGACAAAAAAAAAAGCUCUGGUGUGGCCAGGUUGGCUCAGUUGGUAGAGCAGGCGCACAUAUACAGAGGUUUACUCCUAGACG